ACUGACAGGUGCGAGCGUGAAAUUUACACCGUAUUGAUGAAGAUCACAGUGUAGACGUUACCAAACUAAUACAGUGUGGAUGACGAUAAACUGCAUCCCAAUAUUACAUUUUUACAUAGGUUAAAUACGAAUAUACUAUUGAAAUGAAACUAGAUAAUAUUUUGAUUACGAUUGGAGAAUUUGGAUUGUACCAGAAAUAUGCAUAUUCUCUGAUAUGUUGGACCUCCUUAUACAUGGGAUUGUAUGCGGUGAUGUCGGUGAUAUUUCUAAAUACCCCUCAGCACAGAUGUAAAAUUCCAUACUUUGAGAAUGACACGUACGACAUAUCCAGUGCCUUUCAUCAGAAUCUUAUCAACAACUACAUACCUCCCUCAUCAGAUGAUGACACACUCGACUAUGACCAGUGCCAUCUGUAUUCGUUUGAUUACAACAAUGCUAAGUUCGACAACUCCAGCAGACCAAUUAAUGCUUCCCUCAUUAAAUGCAAUGAUUGGGUGUACAGUGAUUCUAUGUUUAAAGAAACUUUUACCACAAAGCUCAACAUUGUGUGUGACAGGAAACAUCUAACAUCACUUGUGAAGUCUCUCUUCUUCGUCGGGAAGCUGGUCGGAGCAUUAGUAUUUGGCACUCUAUCUGAUGUGGUUGGCCGUAAGACGACUCUAUGUUUCUCCCUGAUGAUGAUGUUCGGACUGUCAUUCGGUAUGACCUGGUCUCCCUCCUACAUCGUGUACGCUGUAAUCAUGACGGGCAUCGGUGCUGCUACACAGGGAAUCUUUCCUGUCGCGUUUGUCCUCGGUGUUGAGUUGGUUGGUCCAUCAAAACGGAAAUACGCUGGCAUAGUUCUCGAGUUUUUCUUUUCGAUUGGGUUGAUGAUGGUUGCUGGUGUAAGCUACUUUGUGAGACAUUGGUACUACAUCAGCAUUAUUUGUUCGACACCGGCUGUUUUGUUCAUUGCUUACUGGUGGCUGCUGCCAGAAUCUCUGCGAUGGUUGUUAAGUAAACGAAAGUAUGAAGAGGCUGAUAGAAUUCUCCAGAAAGCAGCUAAGAUUAAUAAAGUGAUGCUUGAAACGAAUCUAUUCGAUGAUGAGAAAGAAAAAAUGACGCCAGAUGCAACAGGAAAGCUGUGGCAAUUGUUUUCCUCUCGGGUCAUGCUUCUGCGCACAACCGUAAUAUUUUUCAACUGGUUUAUAGUGGCUAUGAUGUACUAUGGCCUCUCUCUAAAUGCUGGAAACCUCGGAGGGAAUUUCUUCCUGAACAUGUUUCUAUCAGGUCUCGUAGAAAUUCCAGCUAAUGCCAUGGCCCUUCUUAUAUUGGAUCGUAUAGGUCGGCAGAAAACGUACUUUUUCAGUAUGAUAUUCGGAGGAUGUGCAUGUGCAUUAACAACAAUUCCUAUCUUGUAUGGUGAGAAAGAAAAUCAAACAAUUAUCACUAUACUUGCCAUGUUUGGUAAGUUUGGUGCUACUGCCGCAUUCAAUACUAUCUACUUCUUUUCUUCGGAGUUGUUUCCUACUGUUGUAAGGAAUGCAGGGCUGGGAGCAAGCUCUUGUGCCUCAAGGGCCGGGGGGAUCGCAGCCCCGUAUAUAGCAGAUUCGGCAGCGUUGAUAGGUGGAACGGUCGGGAAAGUGUUUCCAUCAGGAAUUUUUGGAGCGCUGGCCAUCAUUGCAGGAUUGACAUCACUGUUUUUACCAGAAACUCUGAAUAGAGAACUACCGGAAACUAUUGAGGACGGAAAACAGUUCGGGAAGCAUCAAAAACCCAACACCUCCCCUUCGCAUGAACUUGAGGAAUGGACAUAAUUUGGCGACACCUCGAAUAAAGCCAGUCCUGAAUCACGCGGUUUUUCUCAUUGAUUCGAGAUGGCCAAGGAAAAUAUGUGAUUUAUGAACACGAUUGACGAUGUAAAUAUAAUAAAAAGAGCAUUAUGCGUGUGAUAUCUGUUUAAAUUUCAUAAGACUCUAUCACCCAGGUAACCAUAUUACAUAUAUAAAUGGCAUCUAAUGAGUGAAAAUGUAUAUACUAUUAUAUUUAUAUUAAAAAGAGAAUGUUUAUGAUGAUGUAUGUGAAAUGCAAUAUUCACGAUGAAGAUUAUAUUUGAGAAUAACUUAGUGAGUAUAUAUGAUAUCAAUCAGUUGUCAGAAAUAAAUACUAAAAUGUUAUCGUUUGAUUUGUGUUACCCUUAUGUUGGAAUAGAUAGUUUUUUCUUUGUAUAUUACGCAUUAUUUUACAUCUAUAAUCGGGAAAAAUAUUUUGUAAGGCAUAAUGUUAUAAUGCAGGUAUGACAUUGCAUAUUCUAGUGUGACGCGUGCCACAUAAAGAUAUCAAAGGAUAAACUAACU